AUGUCCAACUCUGCCUUCAAAUCACCCUGAUUGGACUGUACAAUGCCAAAAUAUAAAUUUUAGUGAGAUUUACAGAUAGUAGCCGACUUGGAGAAAGCUUUGUUUAGUCCACUGUAAUCGAAGUUCAUUUUGCCUAGAAAGUCUACUUCAUUUAGGGAGGCGUAAAUGCAAAUUCAGACUCUUGUGCGGUUGGAAUACGUACGUGAAUGUCAACCUGACCAGAGACCUCUCCAAGAGCAAGAAGCAAACUCCAGCACAGGCCAUUCUGGGCACCGAACUGGACCGAUUCUCCUGACUCUCUCAGUCGCUGACCUGAGACGUCCUAACAAACCGACUCCAACAGGUCAGCCCUCGGUCUCACCCAACAAGGUCAAGUGAAGCUGUUUCUCCGUCGUGCGCUGGAAGUGGAUCCCCAUGGCGACGUACAGAACGAUUCGAUUUUGGAGAAUGUUCUAGUUCAUGGGUGCUGCAUACUACCUCUUCUCUCAACACUUGCUGCACAUAUACGGAACAAGGAAGUUGUGCACCUGCUGCUUUCGUCUGUCCAUUCAGCUUCCAACGUUCAGCGCAUUUCCCCCGAGAGGACAGAGUUUGUUUUCGAGGUUCAUAAUGGCAAACGAAGAGGAAGGAGUUCCCACAGAGAAGCAGCAGAGCCCGCUCAGCUCGUCCUCCAGCGGACCAGAGGACUCUCAGGAGGCCGCUGGCCGGGCUGAGGUCGCCGGGGAGCAGAAGACGGAUCUCGGGGCGGUUCGCUCCCAGCUCGGUAACCUCUCUGCGGAAUCCUGCCUGCAGCACUUCAAAAUGAGGAAGUUCUUUGUGUUGAGGCCCGGCUCUCUCAAUCAGGCCGUCAAAGACAUCGAAGCUCUGGUGAACAAGGAGGAAGACGGCAGCAUUCACGGCACCUGGCUGAUGGCAGAGGUUGAUCACUGGAACAACGAGAAGGAGCGCCUCGUUGUCAUCACCGACAAAACGCUUCUGAUCUUCAAGUACGACUUCGUCCUGCUCUGCUGCGAGCAGAUCCAGAAGAUCCAGCUCAACUACAUAGACCGCAUCGCUCACGGUUCCUUCAGCUUCCCAAAGCGCUCGCUGCUCAAGAGAGACGGGGAUGGAGUGCGCGUCUUCUGGGACCGGCUGAGGGAACCCUCGUUCAGUUCCAGGUGGAACCCCUUUUCCAACGACUUCCCCUUCACCACGUUCACUCACCAUCCUGUGAGGAACAUCGACACCUUGGCUGCUUUCUGUGACAUGCAGACUUUUUCCGAGAGGCUGAAGGAUGCAGCUGAGAAGGCCCACGUCAGAGAGCCGAUUCCUGGGAAAGCCAAUGGAGUCCUGGUCCUGCAGCAGCCGAUCUACAUCGAGGCGUACGUGGGCGCCAUGUCCUUCCUUGGGAACCAGAACAAGCUGGGCUACUGCAUGGCCCGAGGAAACCUCGGAUUUUAAACUUGGUGCAACUUUUUUGAUGUUUGGGAUGUUUUCUCUGACUUUUUUCUCUGAUUUUUUUUUUCUCUGAUUUUUUUUUUUUUCUCUGAUUUUUUUCUCUGAUUUUUUUUUUCUCUCUGAUUUUUUUUUCUCUGAUUUUUUUUGUUGUUGUUGAAAUGUCAAAAGUUAAUGGAAACCUUCUAAAAGCGGGUUGGAGAUUUGUUUUUGUUUGCUUCUACUGAAUGUUCGGUCACCACCGCUCUUCAUUCUCUGCCGUGUGAUUCUCAGAAACAUUCCCGGUUUCAGAGCGGUUCUCCUCUCUGGUUUAAAGCAGCUCCCUCCUCCCCGCUCCCUUUGCUCCCCAGCGAUAUGGUAAUUCAACUCUUUCGCAACGAGACUCUUUUCUUCCUCCCCCGGUAUUUCUGUUAGGAGCUGGUUCCCCAUGCCAAUCCGCCCCUUUAGAGAUUCACUGGAGCAUAGAGGCUCAUUUGUCAGCUUAGUUUUUAUCAUUCUCUGUGUAUUUUUGCCGUGCAUACAGUUGAGGAAUUUCCCUUAGUUGUGUGAGUUUGCAGCUUGGUGACCAUGUUGUUGGUUUUUUUUUUCCUCAUAAGAAUCGGUUUUCCUCUUUUGGGGUCUUUACAGAACAACAUGCUGCCUAUAUUUUUUCCAUUAAACAUUUUAUUUCUUGGGCUCCAGCUGGUUUAUCUGAACAUCCCAGCCUACGUUUGUUGAUUUCUACAGUAGAAGAGCUGGUUACGUCUUUACAAGACAACCAAAUAAUUCAAAGCGGUGUUCAUGAAGAAUUUAGUGAAUGACAUCUGAUCUGAUUAAUAUCUUGUGGUUUGUGAAACGAGUCAAAGCCGAAUCAUUUGUCUUUGUUUUAUACAUGUGUUUUUGAUUAUUAUUAUUAUUAUAUACACUCUAAUGCCAAAGUGCACUUGGGAGUAAAGUGAUGGAGCUGGGAUUGGGAAUGUAUCCAAAUAAAUUAUUUAACAACA